CGCUGAGGCUGAAGCUGAAGCCACACCCCCUUCCGGUUGCUCGCCCUGGGUUGUUGCCGGUGUUUAGAACCUUCGGCAUGUUAUCUUGAUUGGCGUCGGGUAGCUACGUUUAGUGUUACCAACGGAAGCUACAGCGGCUGGAGCGGCUCCUGACGUGCUCUCCCUUGUGUGUAUGUGUGUGCGCGCCACGCAGCUGCUCAGAGUGGCAGCGCCAAGGACCCGCUGCUGUUUUGCCUUGCUGUUGUUUUGCUUCACUUUGGCCAUGUAUCUGUGAUGGGCUUGCUAUACGGCUAACUGCAGCUAGCCUCCGCUACUUCUCUGCCUCAUCGGCCUGGUCCGCUUCCCCUCGGCGUCAGCCGGGUUAGACCAGGCAGCUUGGGAGUUGGGUUUCUUUUACAAUUGAAUAUUUAUCUUCUUGUUUUUAACAUUCGUACUCUUUGUGCUUUUAUUUGUGUCCACGUGGGGACACAGCUUUAUGGGUGGAUAUUGUUUGGGGUUUAGUUUCUUUUUGUUUGGCCUUAUGGCCCAUAUUGUUUUGAUUAAUUAAGAUCAAUUUUCUAUUUAUUUGUUAUUUGGUGAGCUGCGUCUAAAGGAUUGGUUUAGUUUCUUUUUUUUACUUUUGAACUUUAAAUGUCCGUGAUUCUUGUUUUUUUUGGUAUUUUGUAUUCUGGGUUUAAAUGUUUCUUUCGUGAUGUUUAGUUUAUAGGAUUUUUCUUCUUGUUUAUAGUUUAAUUUCUUAUUUUGUUUAUUGUUUAUUUUGUGUUCCCACUAAUCCCCCUUUUGUUUGGUUUCAGAGGCUGAGCACCUGUGGCAGGGAACGUGGUGUCGUCGGUGGUGGUAUCCCUCCCCGUGUGAUGUGUGAACCCUGGGUAUUUUUCAUUUAAUCCAUCACGUGUGUGUGUGUGUGUGAGAUUUUAUUCACCUGGUGACCUCUCCCUGGGCCCUGUUCCUCCCCUCCGGUGAUACAUCCUGCCACAUGGUAAGCAACAGCCUCUGCCCCUUUGCACCUCCCUCCCCUUGUUUUAUCUAGUUGUUUUAAUUGAUUUUAACUUGAUUGUCAAAUAAAAUUUGAUUAUUUAAUUGAACAACCACGUCUCUCGCCUGGUGGUAUAUGGACCUGUGUGCCUCAGACAAAUUAUUAAGUGGCAGAACUGUCCUUGGGGGUGUCCCGCCCCCCGGGGUGGCGUUGUCGAGCUUAGCUUAAGAGCUACUGGGCAAUUUGACCCUGGCCCUAGCUCUAAGCUCUCCCCGUAUUCUGCAGCCCUCCUAGCUUGCUGCUACUACACUCGCCACAAUCUUAAGUUAGACCUUAGUGUAUGUGGGAGAUUGAUUGCAAGAGACUGGACAAGAUUCACAUUUAGUCUUUUACUGUUUGUAUUGUAAUUUAUUGACAGAUCACGUCAUUAUGAUACAGAAAGGAAUACAGCGCUGCAUAGCACAAAGAAAAAAAACAAAAACAAAAGUAGAAAUGUGAACAUAGGACAGUCUCCUUAGGGAAAACUGUACAUGUAGUGCUAUAGGAAUUACAGUGCAGUCUUCCAACACCUCCUGACGUUCCUGUCUGUUGGGCCACAAAUUCUCAUCCACAUCAUGAAUAUCUUCUCUUGUGUCUUUUAGCGAUUUCAGAAAACUCUAACCCAGGGAUGUCAAACUCAAAUUCACAGUGGGCCAAAAUUAAGCAGUGAAGUAAAGUCACGGGCCAAACUCAAUAUUUAUUGAAAAAUUAACUGCAACUGAUACGUAAUGUUUAACCUUUUCAUAUGGAAACAAACUUUAGUUUUGCUUAAACACAGAAUCUGGAACAACCAAAGCUUGAUAUUACAAACACAUGAGAAAUUAAAUUUGAGAUAAAAGACACAUCAGUGGUAUUCAUUUCUUAUUUAAAUAAAUAAAGUAUGUCUCUCCCCGUAUCCUUUCAAGUUCCUUUUUAAAGUAAAUCUUUUUCAAAACCAACAACAAAAGAACCAAAAAUAAUGUCAUUCAAUAAAAAUCCAACAUUUCAACUAUUAACAAACCAUGCCUUGCAGUAGAAAAAGUGCAUAAGAAACGGAUAUAUUCAAGCUCGGUUUGCUACACUCUGAUUUACUCUGCACAUUGGUCUAAGCCAGAUACCUGGCAUCUUUUCUUAGAUGCAAGUUCAUCAAUGUCUGGGGUCAGGCUCUGAGCUGAGGAAAACCUCAGGACAGAGUGAAGGUGUUCAUCAGUGAGUCGACUUCUGUGAGGUGUUUUGUUCACCUUCAUCAUAGAGAACAGUUGUUGCUUGGGUGCGUAAUUGAGGCAUUGUGUCGGGGAGGAAACAUGGAAACCGCGCAGCACCAACAGAGUCAUAUUUUGAUUUGAGCAUGUCAUUACAUUGGAGUUCAAUUAGCUCCAUUUGGAGGCUGGUUGGUGCGCUUUCCACGUCGAUCGCAAACGGGUUACUGAGCAGUUCAAAUCUCCCUUUCUGAGCCUCAAAGUCGGCUGGAAUGACUUUUCAUAGGUUUCCCAGAGACUAUGGGUUGAGGAGGAAUUGGAAGUUUGUCGGCUUAGACCUGGUGUCAUUCCAUCAGUGUUUAACUUCUCGGCUCAUCUUGAAAGAGUACGUGCCAGAAAGACCACGACCAAGCAGCCUUGAGAUCUUAGGCAGCAUCUCCCUGAGGUCCCUCUCUAUCUCCCCACACAUCCACCAACCACUGGAACACAUCUCCAAAGUUCUGCCGGGCCAGCUCAGCUUCCCCUCAGAAGUGCCGCCACCUGACAGAUGAAGGAGCCUUUUGAGAAGCAGCUGGCAUCGCGAUUGGACUGUACUUUGGUCUGUUCCAAUCCAGCUUCAGCUCCAGAGACGGCAGGCGGGACGAGUCAACAGAGGCCGGGUGGACGAAGGCAUGCAGCUGAGUACAAUCCAGAAAACAACAGAGGAGGAGUGCAGCGGCUCAGGGCCAGAACAACCAGAGUAGCAUCGUAUGUCUCUUAUUAAACAUCAUAGUAUAGCCUCCGGUAUGAAAAAACGCCAUCAUAUACAUCGUAUAUUGUACAAAUAACAAGUUAAAGGAAAGAGACAUACAUUGUAGAAUUGUAGUAAUUGUGGGCUGACUGAUUUACUGAUUAUCAGCAUUUUGUUUUUUAGAAGAAUAGAAUAGAAUAUUCUUUAUUGUCAUUAUACAAUGUAUAACGAGAUUGCAGAGCUUCUCCUUCACAGUGCAAGGAAAUCUUAAAGUAGUGCAAAAACAGUCUAUUUACAUAUAUACAGUAUAAAUAACGGAGUGAAUAUAAAUAGCAGUGAAUGAGACAGUGGUGUAUAUUGCACAGAUGCACUAUGUUGUUGGCUUUGUGUGAGACCUGUGAGAGUUCAGGGUGGUGAUGGCUCUCGGAAAGAAAGUGUUUUUAAGUCUGUUUGUCCUCGCUUUAAUGCUUCUGUAGUGCCUUCCAGAGGGCAACAGAUCAAAAAGCUGAGAACCGGGAUGUGAACUGUCCUUGAUGAUGUUCUGAGCUCUGCUGAGGCACCAGGUGGAGUAGAUGUCCAUGAGGGAGGGGAGAGGACAGACAACAAUUUACUGAUUUACGACCAAAGAACUACAGACUCUUCACAACCUGCUCAAACUCUUGGUACAGGACCUCACCACACGGGUCAAGAAGGUUUCUGUCUCAUUUCUACUCUGAAGCUCACCUUCUCCUGCUCAAACUGCUGACAAAUGUUUCUGCUGCUCUAAAGUCUGGUCUCCAGAACUUCCUAAAAACUCUCAAAGUCUCUUCUGCUGCAGGUUGCUUAGAACUGUUCCAGAAAACCUCACUAAACCACAUGGAGGGGCCUCAAGAUAGUUGUCCAAAUGAAUCUGUACAAAAACCAAACUAGUACAACCCAAACGCUAAAGUCUCCUGCAGCCUACCAGAGAACCUCUGAGAACAGAGAAUCAGGACAGGAACUCUUACCUUCUGGAGAAGAAGAAUAUAGAAUGUAUCUGACCAAAAACCUCUAAAGACUCACUACAGCCAAGAUAAAGACACAACUCAGCUGCACCAAAUCCACUAAUCACUGCACACAUUAGCACCAUGUGCCAACUGUGGCUAAAGAACCACAUUUACCAAGACAACUAUCCAGCACAAAGCCCUAAAACACACCAAGAAACACAUUAAAGACAAUUUUACUGCUGGAAGCUGCAAGCCAACGCCUAAAGAACAAACUAAAGCAAAGAAGCCAAACCUCAGUUGUGAAGAGAAGCAGACGAAAUGUUUGUCUGCAACUAAAAAAAGCAGGAAGACACUGAGCUGCUCAGGUGUUCCUGAUAACACCAAGCUGCUCAGGUGUUCCUGAUAACACCAAGCAGCCACCUGGACAGCCAAUGGGAACACAGCUUACUGGAAGUCCAGAGGGCUGGGUUAGUGAAGGAAAUUUAAUUUAAAGUUGAAGCAGAAAGUUAACAAAGAAAGUUGAAAACCACCUUCUGAUACCUGAAAUCUCUGAGUUUUCACACAAAGAACGCCUGAACAUGUCAAACUGGCUUCAUAGUAGAACCAUCAUUGUAAAAACAUCAUAGUAUGGUGUGUUGCUCAAAAAACAUUAGGACCCGGCUGUCAGGGGACAAACAUGUAAGAAACAUGAGAACAGAGAGAACCCAACCAGUAGGUCACAGUUUAUCAUCCCCCAGUCAUCUCCUGAAGUCCAUAUGAUGAGAGACAUCAGUAUCUGGUUGUUAAUUUACCAGAGGAUGCUUAUAAUCAUGCUGAUGUGGUCUGUACUCUACAGUAUUUUAGUGACUCAAUAAAUGCCUGUUGUUUUUUUUUAAAUGUUUUUUAGUUUUCAAUAAACAUUUAACAGCCUAUAUGUAAUCAAUAAAUGGCCUUUGCCUAUCUUAAGAAAAAUUCACUCAGAACUCUGAUAUGUUAACAGUACUAAAUAAAUCAAUAAAUGCAUUCAUACACACAAAAAUAAGUUAAUACAUUAACUGUGUUAAGAUAAGAUUUAGAUUUUUUAAAAAGUUGUUUAUGUUUUUGCAGAAUCCAGUAUUGCUCACUGGUUGGUCAUUACAUUUUAUUAGUUUGAUUUCACUGUUUAAAAUGAUGCCACCUCUUUUCAGACAGAACCUGUGAUAAUAAAACAAUACAAAAUGUUUAGUUCCGUGUUAAUAAAGCACUUAAAGCUUUAAGUAUGGCUAAAUGCUUUUUUCAAAAUUAAAUAUAUCACUCCUUAGGUGGUAGUGGCCCCAAGUUCAGUAAAGUUGGAAAGAUAUUCACAGAUUCGGACUUCCAGCAUCAAUAACUCAUUAGAUAUAGGUUGUCAAAACAUAAACGAUGCCUCUUUCCCAUUGUUGCAAGGCAGACAAUGUGCUACAAGCCCAGUUUUAUCAAAAGUAGCUGUCUUUCAAGCUACAGGAAUAACAUUGGUGUCUAUGGAGUGAACAGGGUCCGUCUGCAAUUUGCAAAACCGCUGCAACAGUAAAGAGAGACAAAUAUUCAAUAACUUCACUCUUAUACAUUGUAGUGUCACUAAAAUCACUGCAGCCUUCAACUGGCUCCUGUUGACAAAGUGUUUUAACAGAAAUGUAAAUGCUGUAAUUUGAUUCUUUUAAUGAACCAUGUAACUUGAAUGGAUGUGAUGCUGGUGUGACCACAGUGCACACGUCUGAUGUUGCUCACAGUGGUCCAAGGGACGCUCAGGGAGUUUGUGUGUUUGCUCAGACUCAUGAAAAAUUACAGGGAACAUUGGUUACAGCUUCUUUAUAAUAUUUUCAUAAAUAGCAAUUUCAGGAUAAAUACACAAUUUAAUGUAAAAACUCUUCUACGCUAAAUUUGUGACUUCUUGUAUUUGUUCACAACCUACCAAUAGCACAAAUUACCGCUGCAAAAACAUUUUAUGUGCACAGGAUUUCACCAACCAAACGGAAUCUUUUAAAUGAGAUCAAAAUAUGACAUAAAGCUCAGUGGCAAUCGCUCUGUACACUUCCUGCAGAUAGCAACAACACGUAUGAACUGAAAAAGGAAGGAAGCCGAGCUUUGUAAAACUCACUGUGUGCAUAUAAUCUGCCACAUCCUCAGGCUGACCCCUCCAGCAAUGCAGUAAGCCAGGAGGUAAGGUCUUGCAACUUUCUGCACCUCUUAACUCUGCGGUGACCUAGUUCUUGAGUCAUAAACCUAAAGUUGCCUUCCUUUGGAUGCUGUGGUAAGAUUGGGGACAUUUGUCACUGUAGUGCUCUGAUUUGUCAGUUUAAACUUAGCAAUACAACAGGGUUGCAUAAAUAUUUUGCAAUCACAUCUCGUUCUGCAAUUGUCAAGAGAAAAAUUUCAAGUGAUUUUUGUUGCUGAGUGCACUGUAUAAGAGGGCAUUUCCUGUUCUCUGUGCAGUUUACUAUUGUGUACUCCUGUCUCAUGGUGAUGAAUGCAUCUUGAAAGAGUUAGUUUUAAUGAAGCGUUUUAUUCCUUCUGUUUUGAUCCAUGUGUUUUGUAGUGUAAUAUGCUUGAAUCACUAUUUUCCCCGUUUUACUGUUAAAUUAAUCUUAGCAAAAUAGGUGUAAAUGGAGUGCUGCAUGUGUCUCUCACAUAUUUUCAACAGUACAGUGACAAUAAAAAGCAGAUGGUUUUCAAUUUUUGCCUUCUUGUGAGUCCUGCUUUGUUGAGCUCUUUCUAGCUCACAUGUAAUUGACAUGUAAAGAUGAGCUGUUAAACUACUUGGAAAAUCUCGGCAUGGUUUCAAAAAGCCAGUAGGUUUUAAUUUGGAAUUUACUCGUGAUCAGCCUGUCUAUAGAGGUACAGACAUACCCCUAGGGCUGACUUUAGGUAUGUGGCUGCUAACUUGGGUCUUCCAGGAAACUCAGCUCUGAGUGUGAAAUGUGUCAGAGAUCUUGUGACUGGUUUGAUCUUUCUCACAGCAGUUAGAUGACAUAUUUGGAUUCAAAUUUAAUCAGUCAGGUGUCUUUUACCAUCACUGCUGUGGUGGCCCGAUGUCAUCCUCCACCCUCUCUUCUCGGAUAUCGGCUCAUUCACCACUAAACCACAGACGAACUGAAUCAUUUCGGACCCUUUACAUUGAUGAGGCAUGUGUGAAAUGAGUAUACUUUAAAACUGAUAUGAACAUGAAUAAACUGAGGGUGAAAAGUCUUUAUAGGAGGAUAUUUUGCAUCUUGCAUCAAUGAUAUUUUCACCCUAUGAGACAUGGUACAUAUCAAAGGAGAACAGACAACAACUUUGUCUCUCCAAGCCAUGACUAACAACUCAUGCUGUGUGUUUUCUCCUGGCAGCUCUGGCCAGUAACACAGACAGGCUCUUAUCUACUAGCACACCUUGGCAUACGGCUAUUCAAAAAGCAACUUCCUUCUUGCUCUCCAUGCUUCCUUUUGCUACUGAAGAGAAAAAUGUUUUUAAUUUAAAUUCAAAGAACUUUAAUUGUCCCUGGGGCAAUUUAUAUGUCAUCACAUCCUGCCCUGCAUAGGUUCUGGGGCUACUGACUAUCUGUGCCAUCUGUUAACAAACUUCAUUCUUCACACCUUCAGAGGCACAACUAUAAGAAGAAGACAUUGCCACAAUUGCUGGGAACCUUUACCCUCAGCCCCCAAAGACUAAAGCCUAGGUCUGGGGGUGGGUCUAGUAAGAGGGAGGGUUAAAGAGAAGAAGGGAGGAGAUAGGAAUAAAAAGACAGUGAAACAAAUUGAAGGGCAGAGAAAAGAGGAGCAGUGACAGAGCCUGUUGUUUAAAGAUGGACUUAAGCUUGCUGAAAGUCCUGGAGAAAGAGAGAGUCAUGGAGGUUCUACGGAGAGACAAGCAGUUGCGUACAGUUGAAGAGGACAGGAUCAGAAGGAUGAAACACGACCUGCAGGAGCUUCGGAUGAAAGGUCCCAAAACUUUUGGCCGGCAGUAUGGGGAGCGGAAGUGUGCUUGCUGUCAGAGUCCGCUGGGGAAGUUGUGGAACUCGGGCGCAGUGUGCUGUGGCUGCAGCCACCGCAUCUGCAGCAUGUGCCGCGUGGGAGCAAUGAAGUGGAAGUGCAAGGUCUGCCACGCCUACAGGGAGGUGAAGAUCAGAUCAGGAGACUGGUUUUUAGAGGAAAAGGCAAAGAAAUUUCCCAUCACCACAGACAAAUAUGAGACGGUUGGGGAGGAAUUAUUAAAGACCUACAAUGUGCUAAGUCAUAUAUCAGUCGUUCCUCCCACUCCUCCACCCCACUUGGAUUAUCAGAUUCUGGGCAGAUCUGGGGAUUUAAAAAACCUGAAGCCUUUUACCAAAUCUAUGGAAGAUCUAAUGGUUUCUUUUGCGAGUCAAAUUAAAAAGAUUUCCACUUCUCACAGUGAUGUGCAUGGACACCUGCUGAGAGUUGACAAGAGUCAGAGAAGACCUCAUUUCCACUACAGCACCCAGAAGAGCCUUUCUGACACUGACAUCAGCAAAUCUAGCAACCUUUUUAAAGUCCCAAGUCUUCCAAAUAUGUUCAAGAAAAGCAAAGACAGCGACCAAGAUAGCUCCGCUACUGGUACAGAAGAAGAAACUUCCUUCAGCUCUGAGUACUCUGGAGAAAGGAGAGCCAGUAACGGAAGCAUCAGCACAGACUGUGGCCUCAUCGAGAACACCGCUGUAGCAGGAGAACUGGAGCUGGCUCUGGCCUACAAUACCAACACGUCCAAUCUGGAGAUCACAGUUGGAACCUGCAGAAAUCUCAUUCAUGGAGACAGCAAGAGGAGGAAGUGUCAUCCAUAUGUCAAACUCUGUGUGCUGCCAGACAAGAGUUACAAGCUGAAGACAACAGUUAAGAGAAACACAACUGAUCCAGUUUACAAUGAAGUUUUAAAGUAUGACAUAGAACACGAUCUGCUGUUUGGAAAGAGACUGCAGGCUUCUGUGUGGCAUUCAGGAACUCUGAGAAGAAAAGUGUUUCUGGGCGAGGUACUCAUCCCACUGGAUGGCUUGAUGUUGGAGGACAAGACCUCGCAGUGCUUCAACUGGUAUCCGCUUUGUCCGAAGCUAAAACAGGUAAACAGCUGUGGGUUUUACAGAUCAGAAGAGAAACGUGCUACCUUAAAUGUUCAAUCUUUAAGCGGUAAUUCUCAAAUGGGGGUCUGUGAAAAAAAAUCACAUUUAUUAAAAUUUUCAUGACACAUAAAAAACAUACCUUUUAAAAAAUACUUAUCAGGGUGUCUCUGUAUGUAACCAACCAGGGUGAGCUCCUGCACUUCAACGUCCUUCAUUGUCUGCAAGAAAAACAUAAUUUCUGUCAGAUACUUUAAUGAUAAUGUCUGUGUUUUCAUUCAGUGAAGCUUCCUUAAAUUUGAACCAAAUCUUGUAAAUGUUGGCAUGCACAAGUGCAAACUGUCACCAUGGACAGUCUGCAUUGUGUCGUUGUGUGUAGCUUACACACUAGGGUUUUGAUCCUCAUUGUGUCAAAUGUAUUUUUUUUGCUACAGAAUACUUUGCAUCAUCUUGGGUUGGUUUGUGGCUGACUUUUUUAACACUGACUUGAGUUUAAUCUUACAAUAUAUUUUUUUAAUAAUAAUUCUACAACAGUUAAUAUUGCAUUAUUGAGAUAAAACACAAUGAAAGCUCACAUCUUAAAUCCUACAAGACACUAACUGAAAAUGUUUUGUCUAAAAUGUAAUGAACAUUUUUGGCUGACUCGUGGUUCUUUAAGCACUAGAGGUCAGCACAGCUUCUAUUUUGUUCCCUCCAUGACAAUCAUUUUGACUUGACUUUCUUACAGAGACAUGAACACCAGGCCACAUUGUAAUUAUCAACUAACUGUCCUUAUCAAAGGUGCCAAAUACCUUCCCAUUAAUGCAAACACUAUUCAGAUCACCUGUGUCAAAGUGUAAAUAAACCUCCCUCCUCUGCAUGUCUCUUUGUGUGUCCA